UGAACUUGAAGUCGAAUUGGCGGCCGAGGACAGGACGAGUGAUGACAUGUCAAACACCGAUCCGUUGUUAAACGUGGAGGUGGUCAUAAAGAGGGAACCUCCAGAAGAAGCGCGUUCAAGCGUUGACUUGGCAGGCCGGGACGAUCACGAGCAGCCCCCGUCGAGCUUAAGUGUGAACGAGCCACGGCCGGGGGAACAUUUCCUGUUGGGCGUGGAUGGUGCAAGCACUAUAAGUGGCUGCGAGCAGUCAGAUGACACAACCACACCCGCGGAGCGCGAACCAGAAACCGCGAAACCAGAUACAGCGAAGAAAAUGCACCCCUGCAAAAUAUGUGGGAAAGAAUUUACAUUUCCAGGCUCCUUACGGAGGCAUAUAAGACUUCACAAUGGCGAAAAACUUCAUACGUGUGUCGUAUGUGAAAAAUCAUUCUCACAAUCGUGUCAUUUACAAGAACAUAAAUUAAUUCACACAGGAAUCAAACCAUACUCCUGCGAGACAUGCAAAAAGAGCUUCACACACAAAAACAGUUUAACACAACACAUAAGAUUACAUAACGUAAAACGAGAUAGGCCGUACGUCUGCGAAGUCUGCAAUAAGAAUUUCGCGCGCUUAAGCGCUUUGAAGACUCAUGAACGAAUACACACUGGAGAAAAACCGUAUGCUUGUGAAAUAUGUUACAAGGCGUUUACGUUGCCAGAAGGCUUAAGGCGCCAUAAGUUUACCCACACUGAUGAAAAGCCUUUCUCGUGCGAAAUAUGCCAUAAGAAAUUUUCAGACACCGGUGACUUAAAGAGACAUUCGAGAACUCAUACUGGGGAGAAACCGUACUCAUGCGAAAUAUGUGAAAAAAAGUUUGCGCAAUUAAGUAAUUUAAAUCAACACAUACUAAUACAUACCGGCGCUAAACGACACGUGUGUGAAGUAUGCCAGAGAAGGUUUACGAAGUCGAGUCACUUGAAAGUACAUAUGCGGCUUCACCCGGCACUCGGCACUCUCGGCAGUCACUCAGAUACUCCAGUGACAUGCGUAAUUGAAAGUAAUUUAGACGAAGACGGGUCAUAAUAUAAAUUGAAAACCGUGCCAAAGAGAAACAGGCUGCCCCGACCCCGAG